AUGGUGACUUACUUCAAGGACGGUUGUGUUGUUAUAACUGGUGCUGCGUCUGGUAUUGGCAGAGAGACCGCACGUGUCUUUGCCCGCGAUGGUUGUAUACGACUCUUUCUUGGCGACCUGUCAAUAGAUGGGCUUUCAGAGACCAAGAAUUGGAUUCUGUCAGAACACCCAACGGCAAACAUAGAGGUUGCCGUCGUAAACAUUGCCGACGAAGAAGCCGUGGAAAAGUUUGUCCAAGGCGCUGUUACUGCGUUUGGUCACAUCGACUUCGCUGUAAACGCAGCGGGUUUUGCCCACAAGGCAGCCUCGGUGGUAGAUCUCAGUGAUGGUGAUUGGGAGAAGUCCUACAAAGUAAACCUGCGGGGGACGUUUCUCUGCGAGCGCGCAUUACUCCGUCAAAUGAUUCGCCAAAAGCCCCUACCCGGCUACGAAUGUCGUGCAAGUAUUGUAAAUAUCACUAGUCUAUGUGCCACUAUCUCAAUUCCAGGCCUGACAGCAUACUCGGCAAGUAAAGGGGGAGUUCUUGGUAUGAGUAAGACCGACGCUCUCGAUUACGGGCCGGAUAAAAUCAGAAUCAACUGCAUCGCACCUGGAACUAUCGAGACUCCUAUGUCUUUGAAUUCUUUGGGAGCGGAUUAUCUGAAAGCAAACGCGAAGCUGACGCCGUUGAAUCGGAAUGGCCAGCCAGAAGACGUUGCAAAUGCUGUCGCUUGGCUUUCAUCUCCGCAUGCAGGGUUUAUUACCGGCAUCACUCUGCCUGUUGAUGGAGGUUUGAACUUAUACACUGGUCCACCUGUAUGA